GCCCGAGUCUGGGGGGAACCAGGACGGCCUGGGGAGGCGUGACAGCUGCACGGGCCGCCGUUUACCAAUAUCAGGACUGAACACAGAUGAGGUGUGAAGAGGAUGGAUGAAGGUGUGACAGGGCUGAAGCCUAAGAUUAUAUUCCAUAGCUCAGAUGCAGGGGUCCUGCAGGGCAGGGAGGUGAUGGUGGAGCUGCAGGAGACUGCUCUGGAGUUGGAGGUGGGAGGAGAGGAGGAGGAGGAGGAGGAGGUGAUCCAGGACUCCGUGGAGUGCGUGCAGUGCAGCGAGGAGGACGAGGAGGGGCUGGGGUCAGCCGUUGCUGUGGAGACCUGUGGGAUGUCACUCGCAGGAGUGACCGUGGGGGAGAGUCACCUGGGGCUGGAUGGCCUGCAGGUGGGCAUGGCUCCAGAGGAGCUGCUCGUGGCAGACCAGGACACCUGUGGAGACUACCUGAUGAUCUCCUUGGAUGAGGAGGGUAAGAUGGUGGAGGAGGGGGCAGAGGUGAUGGUGGAGGGCAUGGAGGAGCAGGGAGAUGUGAAGGAGGAAGAGGAGGAGGAGGAAGGCCAGGAGGUCAUCAAGGUGUACGUCAUCAAGGCAGGCGCUGGCGAGAACGACUUCGGGGGUACUGUGGACAUCGCCGAGAGAGACCAGGGGGUGGAGCUAACGGACCUGUCAGGCCGUUCAAUCCGGGAGGAGAUGGUGUACGUGUCCGCUGGUGACACCCAUCACAAUGAAGAGGACUUGGGAGGGGGUGAGGCAGCUGAGGGGGUGUGUGUGGAGGUGGUGGUGGGCGGAGAGGAGGCGGUGCCUCUGGAACAGGCCUAUGACAACACAGCUCUGAGCAACGACUGCACACCUGUGACCUGGCCUGCCGCCUGUGCAGGUGUGGAGGCCGGUGAGGGCAGUGAGAGCAGGGUCAGAGUGGCCAGCACAGUGCGGCACGUGGGCCAGGUGGGGGGCAAAUCCAGCCACGCCCCAUACCAGCACAGCAAGAGCAGGAAGCGCGCCGAACCGCGGCACGUCCAGACAGUGGUCAUCCUCGGCCCCCACGGACAGCCCCUGACUGCCUACCCCUGUUGCCUCUGCGGAAAGAAGUUCAAAUCACACGGCUUCCUUAAGCGCCACACCAGAAACAACCACCAGGAGGCGCUGAACCGCAAGAAGUACCAGUGCAGCGACUGCGACUUCAGCACCAACAGGAAGGCCAGCCUGCACAGCCACAUGGAGGCGCACACUGCGAGCAGCACGGAGGAGUUCCGCCAGCAGAGGGCGCCACCUGCCCCGCGCCUGCCGGUGGUACACACGGGCGAGAAGCCCUUCCCCUGCCGUCCGGCGGACUCCUCCACCCCGCAGACGCACGCGAAGGCGUCAUCGCCCGCCCCACCGCCCGCGCCGACGCACGCCGACCCCCGAGGGCGCCGCUGCCCCCACUGCCCGCACCGCAGCUCCAGCUCCAGCGACCUCAAGCGCCACGUCAUCUCUGCCCACACCAGGGACUACCCCCACCGCUGCCCCGCCUGCCGCAAGGGCUUCCACCGGCCCUCCGAGCUGAGGAGGCACUCUGCCGGCCGCUGUCCGGGCCCCACCCGCAGCCCCGCCUCUGCCCUCGGCCCCGCCCCUGCAUCCGCCCACAGCCCUGCCCCCACCUCUGCCCCUGAUCCCGCCUCUGCCCCUGAUCCCGCCUCCGCCCCUGAUCCUGCCUCUGCCCCUGAUCCUGCCUCUGCCCCUGAUCCCGCCUCAACUCCUGAUCCCACCCCAGCCCCCAUACCUGCCCCUGUCCCUGGCCCCAACCCCUCCCCCGCCCCCACCCCCGGCCCCACCCCCUCUGCCAGGAAGCCGCACCGGUGUCGGCACUGCGGUCUGCGGGCGGCCGACCCCUUUGCUCUGAGUCGGCACAUCCUGUCCGCGCACACCAAGAAGCCGGCCACGGCCGGGCGGGGCAGGGGGAGGGGCGUGUCCGGGGGCGGGGCCAAGGGCCCGCAGCGAGGCCGGCGGGUGUACCAGUGUCAGUACUGCAACUACAGCACGGGCGACGCCUCUGGCUUCAAGCGCCACGUCAUCUCCAUCCACACCAAGGACUACCCCCACCGCUGCCAGCACUGCGGCAAGGGCUUCCGCCGGCCCUCCGAGAAGAACCAGCACAUCGCGCGCCACCACAGGGAGCUGGCGGCUUCCGAGUGACCGCGCCCGCCACACCCGCUGCCCGAGCCGGGCCCAGGGGUCGCGCUCACCGCCGCCCCUGGCAUCGUCUUCCUCACUGUAAUUACUAACGUUUCCAUGCGAAUGAUGUGUUUUGCAUCCUCACGUCCUGGGAUGUGAUUGGUUGCUGUGAGGUGGGGGUGUGUCCCAGUGGAGGACUCUGUCAGGUGCAGGGUGGGGUAUUUUCUUACUGUGUCACUGGUUCCACACUCAGCCUCUGACUUCCUGUCUUUUGUGGUGUUAAUGUCUUUGUAUUCUGUUUCUAACAGAGUUCACAGCGUACCCUGUAUUUCUCUGCUCUAAAUGCAAGGCUGAAAAAGCAUAGAAAUUAAUUAUUAAACAAUGAAAUAUUUGCAAAAGAGAAAGGCCGCUGAAAUCAGGUGACCUGCCCUGAGAGGUCUCGCACUUUGCCUGCGUGGCCCCCUGCUGGCGGGAGAGUGUGUGACAGGAGGAGGCUGUCCUGGGUGUUUGGUUCAUUAAUGAUCUGAAUGAUUGGGGUUUUUUAUUUUAUUUUACAUUAACUGAGGGUAUGUCCUGACUGCUGUAGUUUGGCUGUUGUAAAGUGACUGAAAUAUGAUACUGGCAUGAGCUUCAUCACCCCGCAGUGGGCGGAGCCGGCACACUACUCACUGAUUCGCUAAAUCAAACCAGUCUGGCUGUUUUGCAGUGGAGAGUUAAGUAAUUUGAUUGAGCCAGCGCAUGGUAGCUCCACCCCUUAUGGAGCUGAGGAACCCCACCCCACCACCGCCCAGGAAGUGUGCAGUACGCCUCCAUCACUGAGGGCUGCCAUUGGCCAGGACUGCUGUCAAUCGUGCUCUGACAGAAUGAACCUCCGUAGCAGUGCCUCCUGUGUCCCGGGGAGUCCGUUGUCAUCACUGAUUUUGUCAUUGUUGAAAUUUCAGCUGUGUAUAUGAUAUUUAAAUUAUUUUGUACAGAAAUCUGAAAAAAAGAAUGUGUGUAGAGUGUACAUUUAAAAAG